GACAUUUUGAUAAAAAAAACAAUCUAUAUAAAAAUGGCUGUCUUCGGAGUGCAGGUAGUAUUUAGCCUGGUGAUGUUUACAUUUCUCCACAAACUUGCGCCAUACUAUUCCAUAGGCAGAUGGAUACUCUCAAAGCGUCUGUAUCGGUACUUACAUCCAACCAAUGAAGAACUAAAGCAGCUUAGUUCAGGUAAUCUAUCAGGCAAACCUGCUAAUCAGUCUGGAAAAGCAAAACGAAGGAGGAAUGUGCCCAUCACUGGGUCUGAUGAGACCUUCACGGUACCGAGAAACUUACCUGUUCAGCUUGAUCAAGCUCAAGUUGAAGACAUUGACCUUGUUAGUUUACAGUACUAUUCUGACUAUACCUGGCUAAUGGACUUUUCAUUUUGUGCAUUGGUAGUUUAUAUUUUGACAGAAAUCUAUUACAUUGUUUCUCCUCACAGAAUUGAGCUUAAUUUGAGUGUCCUGUGGUGUCUAUUGGCUAUAGCAUUUUGUAUAAGGCUCUUGGCAGCUCAAGCUUGGGUUUAUAUGAGAACAGAGGAAGGCGGAGAGCGUGUCCUUUUAUUCACCUUCACUUUCUUUUUCCUGGUGUUUGCCAUGGGUGUUCUAGUUGUAGGGGACAACAUAAUUGAAUUUGGUAUAGAAGAAGGUUAUAAAAACUUUUCGUUAAAUGCACUAGCGUUUCUGGAAAAGCAAGGCAUGACUUCGCAUGGUCCGUUGUCAUUUCUCACUUUCAAAAGUGCCCUGGCUAUUUUAGGUAUGUUAGUUGGGUCACUUCUUACUUUUCCAGGAUUACGUAUGGCAAAACUACACCAAGAUACCCUUAAAUACACACAAGGCAGAAGGCUCCUCCAAAUGCUUGUGCAAAUAAAUUAUCUCUUACCACUGGUAAUUUUAAUGUUGUGGGUGAAACCUGUUGGCAGAGAUUUGUUAUGUGGAAAAACUAUAAAAUUUGGGAAAGCUGUAUUUUAUGAAGACCAAUUUGAUGGUUUUCGCCUGCAUCUUGUACUAAUAAUGUGUGGGUUACGACUUUUGCUUAUGCCAAUGUUUCUGCAGACCCAUCUUAACCUUGCUCAUGAAAAGAUUGAAAAUAUCAAGAAAGAAAGUGGACGUAUCUCAAAUAUUGACUUACAGAAGACUGUGGCGAGAGUUUUUUUCUAUUUGUGUGUUGUUGCCAUUCAGUAUGUAGCACCUAUACUUUUGAUUUUGUUUUUAACAUUCCUUUUAAAAACUCUUGGGGGAAUGUCAUGGGCUAGUCUAUAUGGAGAAACAGCUGUAGAGUUUUUUAGUACGGGUCCAAAACCUGGCAUGACAUUUCCCCAUUUGCAUGUCGAAAACAGUGCAAUGGGGUCCAUCAUGGAAUCGGCUGCUCACCUAACAGGUGCUCUCGGUGAUAUCAAAGGCAUCUUUACUCCAGUCUGGUAUCGUGGUAUCAUUACUUAUUUUUUAUGGUGGGUCAUCACUGUAUGGUUUUCUAGUACGUCACUUGGAGUCAUGUACUAUUCACAAUCAUCCUGA